CACUUGAAGUACAUCACUACAAUCCUCUCAAAACUUCCCGUUGGUGUCGUGUCGAUCGAUAUUAAUAAUUGAUACAAAACACACACAUACAGAAACAUCGAUCACUUGGUAAGAAGAGAUAUUGUUGUGUUGGUGUUAAGGAUUGGGGAUUAAUGGAGUCGUCUGAUAAGGUAGUGGAGACUGUGAUGGUUGGGAAUUAUGUGGAGAUGGAGAGGGAAAGGUCCUCCAAGGCAGAAGACAUCAAAUCUAGGGUUUCCAAGCUCUUCUGGCAUGGCGGAUCCGCCUACGAUGCCUGGUUCAGCUGCGCUUCCAAUCAGGUAGCUCAGGUGCUGCUGACAUUGCCAUACUCAUUUUCCCAGCUGGGGAUGGCGUCGGGGAUAGCAUUCCAGCUCUUCUACGGGUUGAUGGGGAGCUGGACAGCAUACCUGAUAAGCAUACUGUACGUGGAGUACAGGACGAGGAAGGAAAGGGAGAAAGUGGAUUUCAGAAACCAUGUGAUCCAGUGGUUCGAAGUUCUGGAUGGAUUGCUGGGGAAGCACUGGAGGAACGUGGGCCUGGCCUUCAACUGCACAUUUCUCCUCUUCGGAUCAGUCAUUCAGCUCAUCGCCUGCGCCAGCAACAUUUAUUACAUCAAUAACAAUCUUGACAAGAGAACCUGGACAUACAUCUUCGGAGCUUGCUGUGCCACCACUGUCUUCAUCCCAUCUUUCCACAAUUACAGAAUCUGGUCUUUUCUUGGCCUCCUAAUGACCACUUACACUGCCUGGUAUCUCACCAUUGCAUCCCUUCUCCAUGGCCAGGUGGAGAAUGUGAAGCACUCGGGUCCAACAAAAAUGGUGUUGUAUUUCACAGGAGCCACCAACAUUCUCUAUACAUUCGGGGGACAUGCUGUUACUGUAGAAGUCAUGCACGCAAUGUGGAAGCCUCAAAAAUUCAAAGCAAUAUACUUAUGGGCCACAGUGUAUGUCCUGACACUAACCCUCCCUUCUGCCUCUGCUGUCUACUGGGCUUUUGGCGAUUUACUCCUCAACCACUCCAAUGCAUUUUCACUCCUCCCUAGAUCGCCCUUCAGGGACAUGGCUGUCAUUUUAAUGCUCAUCCACCAGUUCAUCACAUUCGGGUUCGCAUGCACGCCGCUGUAUUUUGUGUGGGAGAAGGCCAUAGGGAUGCACGAAUGCAAGAGCAUGUGCAAGAGGGCGGCGGCGCGGCUGCCGGUGGUGGUUCCGAUAUGGUUCUUGGCCAUCAUCUUCCCAUUCUUUGGACCCAUCAAUUCCACCGUCGGAUCUCUCCUUGUUAGCUUCACUGUCUACAUUAUUCCUGCUUUGGCACAUAUGUUCACCUUCAGAUCACCUGCUGCUCGAGAGAAUGCAGUGGAGCAGCCAGGGAAGUACUUUGGGAGGUGGGUGGGGGCAUACGUGAUCAACAUCUUCGUGGUGGUAUGGAUCCUGAUUGUCGGGUUCGGGUUCGGCGGGUGGGCCAGCAUGACCAACUUCAUCCACCAAAUUGAUACUUUUGGUCUGUUCACUAAGUGCUACCAGUGCCGCCCUCAGCCUCCCCCGCCGACGCACCUCCCCGGCGCCGCCGCCCCUCUUCCACCACCGCCGGCCAACCACUCUCAUGCGCUGCCGCCUCGUCUACAUAGGACUUGACCCGUUUGCGUUAUUCGGGUCGGGUUAUCAGUCAUUUUUGGGGAAGUGUUGGUUCUGUGUUUUUUUUAUUUCUACUAGACUAUGGAUAAUGUAGUUGUUUACAAAUGGGUGUGGGGUUCCUGCAAUCAAUCAAAUAUCAAUGGAGUAUGUGGGCUAAUGACCAGAUAUUAUGCUCUUGUUUGUAUUGUCAUUAGCAACACCAUUUAUCACUAAUAUAUUCAUGGUUAAAUAAAAUGAAAUGCACAUUUUUGU